AUGUCGAUCACCAGCACGGCGACAGCAGAAAAUAGCAACGGCGUAUUCGUUGCCGGCGACCAGUUCAAGCCGCUGCCUCGUCACCAGCCUCCUUUCCUAGCCCGCGUCUUGUUGGCCAGCAAGCUCUCGGCAAUUCAGACCGUCCUCGGCCAGCUGGCCUGCAUCUUCUUCCCCGCUUCGUACGACAAAACUUCCCCAAAUCCCCUCCCCACCGUCUUCACCAUUCAUGGGGGCGGCUUCUGCAUCGGCAAUUCCAUUGAUGACGAUGUCUGGAAUCGCACCUUUGCCGAUUGCCAUGAGGCUCUCGUCGUGAGCCUCGACUAUGCCAAGGCUCCCGCACACGCCUACCCUGGGCCCCUGCAUGACCUUGAAGGCCUUUACCACGCCGUUCUCGCCGACGAGAGUCUGCCCAUUAAUCGCCAGCAGACGGCGCUCCUCGGAUUUAGCGCCGGUGGCAACCUCGCUGCCACUCUUUGUCAGCUCGAGUCUCGCAAGGCCCGCGAAGGCAAGCCAUCAGCCGUGCCUCGCGCCGUCAUCCCCAUCUAUCCGCCUCUCGACUUUUCCGUUGCAGUUCCCGACAAGAAGCCAUCGCGUCGGUUCAAAGAGGGUCUGCUCCCGGGUUUACGGGGUGAGCGCCGCGACUACGUCGCUGACCUUGCGCCCCUGUUUGACUGGGCCUACAUUCCCUAUGGACACGACCUGCGCGACCCGUUGCUGAGCCCCUGGCACGCCAAAAAAGAAGACCUGCCGGCCAACAUCUUUGUUGUGGCAGCUGAGCUCGAUUUUCUUGCCUCAGAAGCCUGGACGUGGGCGACCCGACUGGCAGGGCGCGAACCCGUCUCGGGCAUUCCUGGACGGCCCGAGGUGGCUAAGACGGAAGAGCUCGAACUUGCGGACGAGAGAUUUGCGUGGACGAGCGAGGAUGGCGAAGGGAGCAAGCGGUGGCUGCUCGUACCAGACGUGCUGCAUGCCUUCGACAUGCACCCAUCGAGUGCCAUGGUCUCGGACGCUGUCACGCUGCGGGAUGGCAACGCCAAGGCGGUCAAGGUCAUCCGGGUUUUGGGGCAGUGGCUUCAAGAGACGGUGUGGAAGGGGGCUCUGUAA